AUGCAUAAACUCACGCUCUUUCUCUUUUGUAUAAUUUUCUCCACAUUCACCGUUGGUUUUGCAGAUCAUGCCGACAAAACACAAAACCCAUUCAGUCCAAAAGCAUUCGUAAUCCGCUAUUGGGACAGAGUGAUCAAAAACAAGUUACCAAAACCAUCAUUUAUCAUCUCCAAGGCGUCACCACUUACCGCCGCCGACGCAACCGCUUUCGCCAAACACAUAGCUGACAACACACUGUCCACAAAGUUGCCGGAAUUCUGCUCCGCCGCACACCUCCUCUGCUUUCCCGAUGUCAAUCCCAGCCUUGCAAAACACUCCCAGGACUCCCACUUCGCCGUCUACAACGACGGUCAGAAUUUCACAAACUACGGCACAGAAAGACCCGGCGGACUUGACUCCUUCAAGAACUACUCCAUCGGCUUCGAAAGCAAUGCGAUCAACGAAUUCCGUCAAUACAGCCGCAGUUCCGCCGGCCACAACGACAGUUUCAGCAACUAUGCUGAUUCAACCAACGUCGCAGACCAGAGUUUCAACACCUACGGUUCCUCCGCCGCUGGUGGCUCCGGCGAAUUCAAAGAAUACGCUCAAGACACCAACGUCCCUGACCUCAGGUUCACCACUUACUCAGUCUCUACCGCCGGCAGACAACAAACUUUCUCAAGCUACAGCGAAAACGGAAACGCCGGUGAUCAGAGUUUCGGUAACUACGGAAAAGACUCCGCCGGUGCCGAAAACAGCUUCAAACAGUACGGAACUAACUCUAAUGUUGCAUCAUCAGGUUUUUCUAGUUACGCAGAUAAAGGCACAGAAACUGGAACUCAUGUUGGUUUUAAUAACUAUGGAAAAUCAGUUAACGAAGGAACCGACACUUUUAAAGGUUAUGCUAAAGGUGCUGGUGCUGAUCAUAAGGUUACUUUCAAAGAAUACGGUGUUAAUAACACUUUCAAGGAUUAUGAUAAGAAAGGUAUUUCUUUUGCUAAAUAUACUAAUGCUUCUUCAACUAAUGCUGUUUCGGUUAGUGACAGUUUGGCAAAGAAAUGGGUUGAGCCGGGUAAGUUUUUCCGCGAAAUGAUGUUGAAACAAGGUGUGGUUAUGCCUAUGCCCGAUAUUAAGGAUAAGUUACCACAGAGAUCGUUUUUGCCUCGUAAUAUUUUUACUAAAUUGCCUUUUGCUACUUCCAAGUUGAAUGAGUUGAAGCAAGUUUUUAAAGUGUCUGAGAAUUCGUCUAUGGAUAAGAUGAUAGUGGACUCGUUGAAUGAGUGCGAGAGGGCUCCGAGUAAGGGUGAGACUAAGCGAUGUGUUGGAUCGCUUGAGGACAUGAUCGACUUUGCAACUUCGGUAUUGGGACAUGAUGUUACAGUUCGAUCCACUGAGAAUUUGAAUGGGUCGGGUAAGAAUGUUAUGGUGGGUAAGGUUAAAGGGAUAAAUGGUGGGAAAGUUACUCAAUCAGUGUCGUGUCAUCAAAGUUUAUUUCCAUCUUUGUUGUACUACUGUCAUUCCGUUCCAAAGGUUCGGGUUUAUCAAGCCGAUCUUUUGGACCCGGAAUCAAAGGCCAAGAUCAAUCAUGGUGUAGCAAUUUGUCACUUGGAUACCACUGCUUGGAGUCCCACCCAUGGUGCAUUCAUGGCUCUGGGCUCUGGUCCGGGUCGAAUUGAAGUAUGCCAUUGGAUCUUUGAGAACGAUAUGACUUGGACUACUACAGACUAA